AUGCAAAUCGCGCCCUAUAAAACGGGCGGCGCGGGGCGGCAGCGGCGCGGAGCGCGGCGAGCCGGGCAGCGGCGGGGCCGGGCCAUGGCGCCGGGCACGGACCGCCCGCCGCGGGGCGAGGGCUGUGCGGAGCCCCGCAGCGACCGGAGGACGAGGAAGCCGCUGGUGGAGAAGAAGCGCCGGGCGCGCAUAAACGAGAGCCUGCGGGAGCUGCGGCUGCUGCUGGCCGACAGCGAGGCGAAGCUGGAGAACGCGGAGGUGCUGGAGCGGACGGUGCGGCGGGUGCGGGCCGUGCUGGAGCGGCGCGCCCGCGGGGGCGGGCGGCGGCUCCUCGAGGCCAGCGAGCGCUUCGCCGCCGGGUACAUCCAGUGCAUGCACGAGGUGCACACCUUCGUCUCCAGCUGCCCCGGCAUCGACGCCACCACGGCCGCCGAGCUGCUCAACCACCUGCUGGAGUCCAUGCCCCUGAGCGAGGGCGGCUGCCCGGACUCGAUCACGGACGUUUUGGGGGAGCCCGCCCUCGGCCCCUGGCCCGCGGGCGAGGCGCUGGCGCUGCCGGCCGGAGCCCGGCCGGGCCCGGCUCUGCCCUCCCCCGGUGAAGAGACCUGCUCCGACUCGGACGAGGCGGAGGCCGAGCCGGGCCGGACCGGCACGGACGGACUGGACGCGUCCCAGACGCAGGGCCUGGCCUCGCCCGGCUCGCCCAAAUCCAUGUGGAGACCCUGGUAACAGCGGAGAGCAGGCAGCGCAGAGCCAGCCGUGGGGAGGGCAGGGUGCCCCGCACACGCGUGUGCGAGCGUGUCUGUCUGUGCGAGUGUCUGUCUGUCUGUCCGUCUGUGUGUGUGUGCGGCUGGCAGCGCUCGGGCUCUCUGACGCUGUCACACCCUGACAGCCUAAUAGCGAACGCGUUCACAUUUCAUCCCUGUGUGUGUGCGUGUGUGGGUGGCGUUUUGUAACUUUAGGGGUUGUUUUUACGUGAGUAUGGGGGGGGAGGAGCGAAAUGGUUUGUAGUAGCAAAGCUGUCUAGGGGAGACGCAGCAGUUAUUUUAUAACCCUGUCUCUUCUUGGCCCUUAGAAGCGGCCCAAACAUCACUACCUUUUAAGAAAAAGCCCUUGUGCAUUUUAAAUCACGAUAGUUAAUUCCAGGAGAAGCUGGAGCUAAGUCUGCAUGCACGGUUUUAAGUGUUCUAGUGAUAGCACAGAGCCCUGAAAGGUGUCAGUGGGGGUAGCAUCUGUACCUGGUAGCAGUCUAAAGCCUCAGCUUUAGGGAAGGGAGAGAAAACUAGAAACGUGGUGGAAUUAGACAAACAUUUUAAAGGACGUUGGUGGCAGGGUGCCUUUACUAGAAAUGAGUGUCUUUAUGCACAUCUUGCUUUUAGCACAUUUGAGUUUGUGAUUUUAUGUAUAUUAGGGCGUCAAACGUUUUUUAUUUUUAAUCUUUAAUAAAAAACACCGUGGCAUAUAUUGUGUAAUGUGAUGCGCUUCUAAACCGUUUAAAAACAUUUAAAAUAUAGCUCCCUCUUGUUGGCUCUUAACACCAGUAUGCGUGUAUUAUGGAAACAAUGCUGGUAAUUAAGCACUUAAUUCUUGUACUGAGCCUUGUUAACUAUUGGAAUUCAAAUAUUUCUUUUGUUUAAUUCUAGUUGACACUUAAGUUUAUUGCAUGAGCCAGGUUAUAUUGGCUGAGGUUGGUCUUAGGCCACAGAGUUAAGGGCUGGUUGGUCUGGCUGCCAGUCCAAACCUACUCUACUCGAUCUGCCAUCUGAAGCGUUGCUCACACAUGCACAGCCCUAACUUCAGAAGUGCUAGGCAAAUCCUGUCCUGGGGCAUAACUCACAGGGGGGUGGUUUGCUUUUUGGGCUUUUUUUUGUUGGUGGAGAGCAAAAACAGACUCCAUUGAAUAGAGUGUGCGGUAGAUUUGGAAAGUUCUUUAAUGUUUCUGGGGGCUUGGAGGGGGACCCUCAGCAUUCUUACCCAUGAGGUUUGAGCCCUCCUGGUUCCUGCUUUGGGGAGAUGCCAGGUUAUUUAUGCUGUGGUACAAUACCUUUCAGAGAGCUGUCAUUGUAAAGAGGAAAAAAGGGAUUGUAAAGUGUCUUAAUUCAUGGAAGUUCCUGAACACAGAACAAGCAAGAAAGGAAGCGACCCAACGGACCAAGGGACUAGACAUGUAGCUUUGUUAAUCCCAUAGAAUAAUAAAAAUAGAAACUGAAGCGCUGGCA